UUAACAAAAAUAUACAUUUUGGUGUGUUUUACGUGCUAUUUUGCAUAUUGUUUACUUCAAUUAGUGAAAUUAUUGUAUUAAAAUUUUUAACUAAAAAUUUUGUUGAUCACGUGACUUUCUUUUUUCCUCGUGUGGCAAUCAUGAAGGCUCUUGGCGAUUUGAAAGAAUACAAAGUUAUUGGGCGUUCUAUGCCCACAGACAAGAACAGAACUCCUCCAUUGUACCAGAUGAAGAUCUUUGCUCCAGACAAAUGCACAGCUAAAUCUAGGUUCUGGUACUUUGUGUGUCAGUUGAAGAAAAUGAAGAGGACCCAGGGAGAAAUUGUUGCAUGUCAGCAGAUAUACGAGAAGAAGCCCCUGAAGAUCAAGAACAUUGGUAUCUGGUUGAGGUAUGUGUCAAGAAGUGGCACACACAACAUGUACAGGGAAUACAGAGAUCUGACAGCUGCUGGCGCUGUCACUCAGUGCUAUCGUGAUAUGGGUGCACGUCACAGAGCUCGUGCAUCAACCAUUCAGAUCAUGAGAGUGGAAGAGGUAGCCGCUAGCAAGACUCGUCGUCCUAACAUCAAACAGUUCCACGACUCGAAGAUCCGAUUCCCUCUCAGCCACAGAAUCGAGAAGCCACAGCAUACACCAAGGUUCACCACAAACCGACCACACACAACUUUCUAAAUCAUGCUGUAAUAUUUAUAUAUGUCAUACUUGGCAAAUAAAGGCCUUCAGUGGAAAAAAAAUCUU